UUGUCCUUCCCAAAGCUUGGGCGGAUGGAGGAGGCUGCUGAGAGGAAGACGAAAAGGCCGCGAGCCCCCCAGGCAGGCCCCGAGCUGAGGACGGAGAGCACGGAGGACAAAUCCCCCCGGCAGAGCCUGGUGGGAGAGGCCGUUUUGAAGGGCUCCCCGGCGCAGGAAGGCAGCGGGGAGGAAAAGGCCCGGAGAUGCCCCCGGAGGAGGGGCUGCAAAGCCAGCCCAGGGAGCUCUGAGGAGGAAAGACCCGUCCUGUGCCGGGAAGGCGGCCGGAGCUUGAGCCGGAGCUCGGAGCUGGUGGUCCCUGAGCAGCCUCCCAGCAGGGAGAAGCCCUUCAGGUGCUUGGAAUGUGGGAAGAGCUUCAGGAAGAGCUACAACCUCCUCACCCACCAGCACAUCCACACUGGGGAACGACCCUACACGUGUAGGGAAUGUAGAAAGAACUUCAGGAGCAUCUCCAACCUGAUCCAACACAAUCUCAUCCACACUGGGGAACGGCCCUACACAUGUGGGGAGUGUGGGAAGAGCUUCAGGCAGAGCUCCCACCUGAUCGAACACCAGCACAUCCACACUGGGGAACGACCCUACAAGUGCUUGGAAUGUGGGAAGAGCUUCAGGCACAACUCCACUCUGAUCCAACACCAGGUCAUCCACACUGGGGAACGACCCUACACAUGUGGUGAAUGUGGGAAGAACUUCAGGCACUGCUCCUACCUGAUCCGACACCAGCGCAUCCACACUGGAGAACGGCCCUACAAGUGCUUGCGAUGUGGGAAGAGGUUUCAGAGCAGCUCACAUCUCCUCAGGCAUGAGCGGACACACACAGAUGAGAGGCCCUUCCGCUGCACCGACUGCGGGAAGAGCUUCACCCGGAACUCCACCCUCAUCAGCCACCGGCGCAUCCACACCGGGGAGAGGCCCUACAAGUGUGAGGAGUGUGGGAAGAGCUUCACCUGGAGCCGUUCCCUGACCCUACACCAGCGGACCCACGAGUAAGAAAAGCCCUCUGAGUGCCCCGACUGCGGGAAGAGCUUUGGCCGCUGCUCCCACCCCGAAUGACCCCCCUGAUGGUGAGGCAACCCCUGGAGUCCAGUGACUGUCAGUCCAUCCCUUUCUACCAGAAAGGGCCAGUCCCCUUUGCCAGGGGCAGGUUGUGCCAACAGAACCCUUCUUGGGGGGUGUGUGGAGAUUCCUGCCUUGGCUGGGACCCUCCAAGGUCAGUGCUGGAGGUUGAGAGCAGAGAUCUCCCCACGAGCGUUGGUCUGGGGGAGUUCCAUCCCUCCCUAAUUCAUAAUUCUUGCUUUGGUGCCAGCUUGAGUAGAAUUGCUUCAACAAUUGCUUUAGUGUAGAGCACUGUCCUAUCUUAUGCUGUAGUACUGGUAGUUUUAGUAUUUCUAUUGUGCAGUAAAUAAUUCUGAUGAAGAUCUUUUGUCUGAUCAUUUGU